UUUCAAUUCUCAAUUCGAACUCUGUUUUUAAAAUUCAAACUCAACAAAAGAAAAACAAAAAUUAUGCAGAAGUUCUCGAAGCGACAGAAAUUUGCCACAGCCGCCGCCACCACAACCACUGUCACCCAGCCACUGGUUCCUCCGGGUAUCACUAGAGAACAGGAAUUCUCCGUCAUGGUCUCUGCUCUGCGAAACGUCGUGGUCGGAAACACAAACCCCGUGCUUUCCCAGGAUUUGUUUCAUUUUCAAGACUGGACUGCCAGUGCCUCCAGCUCCUCCUCCGCCGCUGCUGCAACGAUUAACGGUUUUGGUAACGGAUUACUGUCGGUGUCCUCUGAUUUGGAUACGUGUCAAGUGUGCAAGAUUCAACCGUGUUUAGGAUGCAACUUUUUCCCGCCAAAUCAACCAGAGGAAAAUCAAAAUAAUAACAACCAUAACACUAACAACAACAGCAAUAAGAAAGGGACGAACAAGAAACGGGCGAAGAAGAAUUACAGAGGAGUGAGACAGAGGCCGUGGGGAAAAUGGGCGGCGGAGAUUCGAGACCCGAGAAGGGCUGUGCGUGUCUGGCUUGGAACAUUCAACACCGCGGAAGAGGCAGCGCGUGCCUACGACAAGGCGGCCAUUGAUUUUCGCGGGCCCAGAGCUAAGCUCAAUUUCCCAUUUCCAGAUAAUUACACUGUAACCGCCGAAUCGUCAACGAGUCAGUAUGAACAAAUCACAUCAUCACCAUCACCAUCACCACCACCACCACUACUUCUACCUCAUCUUCAACUACUUCAUCAGCAACAACAACAACAAGUGUGGCGAGGAAGCAGUGAAAAUGCUGCCAACAAUGACGGCUCUGCAACAGAAAUGGGACUGGGAUUUGGAUUUGGGAGGGAAAGUGAGUUCUGGGACAUUGGAGAAGACGAAAUUCAACAGUUGUUGAUGACCAUUGGAUUUGGCGGGGAUUCCUCAGAUUCUGCUACAAAAUUAAUUAGUGGAGAUUAG